AUUUUAUAUUAAAAAUGUCUAAAGAAGGCAGCGCUUUAUGGACACCAUUCAAAACCACUAAAGAAUUUAUUGAAAAAGAUUAAAAGAUAACAAAAGGAUUCAUUUAAGGGGCAUUGUUUGCAGUUAUUGGUUACGGAGUUGGAUUUGCUUUAUUCAAAGGUAAAACACUGAGAGGCUUUAGUGCUGGUACUGCAGCAACUUGGCGAUUUAGAGAUUAGAUUGAAUAAUGAUUUAAAUAAUAUAUAUAUUAUUAAGCUCAGCAUUUGUUUAAGCAUGUUCGUCUGAGCAAUA